GUCCUCUCCCACUGCCUCGCAUUAGGGGACCCGUCCGUGGAGUCACCUCCGUGCCUCUGGGGGUAGCGUAUUCUCCUUACUCAAGCUCAAUGAAGCCACCUGAUACCAGUUUGCAUUUGUGUUUCCCGUGCCUGAAGCUCCCAUAAGCGCCUUCAUCCAUGAUAAUUAUCCUUGUGACAGGCUCCUGAGGCUCCUGGCCAGAAGCUGGAAGGGGCCUGGCCAACAGAGGAGAAACGACUCCGUUGUGCUUUCUUGCUGUGAGAUAGAAUGUCUGCAGAUCGUGGCGGCAUCCGGGCUACCCAGGACAAAGAGAGAGCCCAAGAGGUUCCAGGUCCUGGGCAUCCUUGUCAAGAAAUGCUUUCCGAGUCAAAGGAGAUGGUGCCUUUGGGAGCCGCCCAGGAGUCACCCUACAUUAAGACAGAGCUGCAAGAACCACACCCUGAGGAGGCGUUGCAGGAGGACAAGGCUCAAGGAGCUUGGAGCUGGGGGCGCCUAAGCCAGGGCUCUAAGGAGAAAGCUCUUUUUUUGCCUGGAGGAGCCCUCCCCUCCCCUCAGAUCCCCGUGCUUUCCCAUGAGGGGAGGACCAGAGACCGGCAGAUGGCUGCAGCGCUCCUCACUGCCUGGUCCCAGAUGCCAGUCACCUUUGAGGACGUGGCUCUGUACCUCUCCCGGGAGGAGUGGGGGCAGCUGGACCACACGCAGCAGAGUUUCUACCGGGAUGUCCUGCAGAAGCGAAAUGGGCUGGCCUUGGGGUUUCCUUUCAGCAGAACUUUCUGGGCCUCCCAGGUGCAGGGCAAGGGCGAGGCCUCAAGUUCAUGCCUGCAGAUGGGAGAUGAAGAGGAGAAGAGAGUUUCUCCAGGAGCGGUGGAGGUGAGAAAGGAGGAUCCGGCAGUCCCUGGGGAUGUGAAGUCCUUUAGGACCAGGGCAGGGAGAGCCCAGGAUGUCCUGCAGUGUGGAUGGCAGGCAGCCAGCAGCCAGAGAAUGGGGCCCGCCAAAGAUGAGGGGCAGCCGGGACCCCCGGAGGAGAGACAGCUGGAACCAGCCCUGUCCGACACUGACCUUUUAGAGAAACCCAGCGAGGGGGAGACAGGCGCCCCCGAAAGCAGCGAGGAGGGCUUGGCCCCUGACAGUGACACCAGCAAGAAGACCUACAAAUGCGAGCAGUGCGGCAAGGGCUUCAGCUGGCACUCCCACCUGGUGACGCAUCGACGCACGCACACGGGCGAGAAACCCUACGCCUGCACGGACUGCGGCAAGCGCUUCGGCCGCAGCUCACACCUCAUCCAGCACCAGAUCAUCCACACUGGCGAGAAGCCCUACACCUGCCCCUCCUGCUGGAAGAGCUUCAGCCACCACUCCACACUGAUCCAGCACCAGCGCAUCCACACGGGCGAAAAGCCCUACGUGUGCGACCGCUGUGCCAAGCGCUUCACCCGCCGUUCGGACCUGGUCACUCACCAGGGCACGCACACCGGUGCCAAGCCCCACAAGUGUCCCAUCUGCAGCAAGUGCUUCACACAGAGCUCGGCCCUGGUCACCCACCAGCGCACCCACACAGGGGUCAAGCCCUACCCCUGUCCCGAGUGCGGCAAGUGCUUCAGCCAGCGCUCCAACCUCAUCGCGCACAACCGCACGCACACGGGGGAGAAGCCCUACCACUGCCUCGACUGCGGCAAGAGCUUCAGCCACAGUUCGCACCUCACUGCCCACCAGCGCACCCACCGCGGGGUCCGGCCCUACUCCUGCCCCCUCUGCGGCAAGAGCUUCAGCAGGCGCUCCAACCUGCACCGGCAUGAAAAGAUCCACACCACGGGCCCCAAGGCCCUGGCCAUGCUGAUGCUGGGGGCUGCGGGCGCUCUGGCGGCACCCCCACCUGCUCCCACCUAGGAGGCCUGGAGGGAGGGGCCAGGCCCCGGGGAGGAACGAGGGCAGCUGCAAUGGCAGUGAGAAGGUAGCGGGAAGGGAGUUGGGAGGUGCUGGCAUGGGGAUGGGGCAUGGCAACACUGGGAGGAUCUACGUUGAAGAGCAGGCAGGCUAGUUGCAAAUUAAAGG